UAGGGUCUCACUGAUCCUAAGAAAGGUGAGGAAUCAGCCCAGAACUACACGACAGGAGUUGGUCAAUGACCUGAUAAGUGCUGGGACGACCGUUUGGUAAUACACUAAGCGGCAUGGUUUGAAAUCAUGGAUGGCAUGGAAGGUUCCCCUGUUUAAACCAGCACAUGCCAGGGCCCGUCUUAAAUUUGCCUAUGACUAUUUGGAUGAUCCGGAGGAGUCAUGGUGUAGGAAGAAGAAUGAUGAGUACUAUCCCAAGAACACCAUCCCUACUGUGUAGCAUGGGGGUGGGAGCAUCAUGCUUUGGGGGCCUUUUCUGCGUAUGGGACAGGAUGAGUGCACUGUAUUAAAGAGAGGAUUACUGGGGCGCUGUAGUGUGAGAUUUUGGGGAACAACCUCCUUCCUUUAGUCAGAGCAUUGAAGAUGGGUUGUGCCUGAGUCUUCAACAUUACAAUGACCCGAAGCACACAGCCCGGAAAACCAUGGAGUGGUUCCGUAAGAAACAUAACAAGGUUCUCUAGACCUAAACCCAAAUAGUACAUUGUGAUUUCUGGAUUUUUCUUUGUAGAUUAUCACUCACAGUGGACAUGCACCGCCCAUGAAAAUUUCAGACCCCUCCAUGAUUUCUAAGUGGCACAACUUUCAAAAUAGCAGGGUGUUCAAAUACUUAUUUUCUUCACUGUCAGUGGCGCCUCCAGAAAUUUUUCAUAGGGGUGGCCAGAUGGGGCCACUUAAAAUCUUGGGGUGGCCAAAACUAAAAGCCAUAAUUUCAGGUUUUCAUUAUAUUAAUGCAGUAAAAAGGUCAGGGGAAAACUAUCAGAAAGACUUAAGGACACGGCGACAGAUAUACUUUGGUGUAUUGUGUAAUAUUUGAUGUUACUAAUGAUUUAAUGUGCAUAGUCCAUAACUGUCCAGUCAACAUUUUGAGUUCCACAAUAAUUCUGUUUUAUUGUGUUAUGUAUAUAUUAGGCAUAAGGUGUACAUUUAACUAGGGCUGUCAAACGAUUCAAAUUUUAAAUCGAGUUAAUCACAGUUUAAAAAUUAAUCUUAAUUAAUCGCAAUUCAAACCAUCUCUAAAAUAUGCCAUAUUUUUCUGUAAAUUAUUGUUGGAAUGGAAAGAUAAGACAAGGCGGAUAUAUAUACAUUCAACAUACUGUACAUAAGUACUGUAUUUGUUUAUUAUAACAAUAAAUCCACAAGAUGCCAUUAACUUUAUUAACAUUUCAGUGAAAGGGAUCCACGGAUAGAAAGACUUGUAAUUCUUAAAGGAUAAAUGUGAGUUUGUAUAUUGUGACUAAAUAUUGCCAUCUAGUGUAUUUGUUGAGCUCUCAGUAAAUGAUAUUGUAGCGACUUAACUGUUCUGCCCCAAUGCAUGAUGGGAAGUGGUGCAACCAUGACUGUGUGUGAUGGCUGCAAAUGCUAUAUCUUCCCUGCGUUGUAACACUACAGGGUGUUAAGAAAAAGAUCAACUCCUGUCAUUCUUCCCCACGUCACUUCCCACAAUAUUUAUGGUUGCUGUGGGAGAGCUGACAAAGCUUUUGCCAAUUAAAAGCACGGCCCCAAUGAAUGCUUGUAUCUACUCCACUCUGCCUCUUAUCUCUGUAUAUAAGUAAAACGGCGCCAUUGUAGGCUGUUUACGGCAAUGCGUGAAUGAGUGUCGUACAGAGAAUGCAUUAAUUGCGAUAAAUAUUUUCAGGUGAUUGAUUUUUUUAAAUUACCGCCCGUUAACGUGAUAAAUUUGACAGCCCUACAUUUAACAAAACGAAAUAAAUGCAUUGAUUUGGGACAAAAUGCAUAACUGAUGCUACAACAAUCUAACGAUACACUGGCAAGCGGGGUGGCCCACUGGUGGCGCCACUGUUCACUGUACAUGAUUCACUCGCUGCCAGUCAAAAUGAACUGAACAUCUAUCGCCGUCAAUGGCAGCCAGUGAGUUAAGCAACUAAUUCAUAAAUAAAUCGCACAAUAUUUCCACACACAGGUCUGAGGUUUGUUUAGUGUCAUUAGUGUCAAAGCCUGCAACACAAGACAACUCUAAAUUGAAUCUAAAUGUUUAAUAGCUUGUACACUGAGAUGCUGUUAGUUACAGAACACAACACAUUACCACACAGCGCAACCCAAACGCUACGCAAACGCAUUUUGUUGCAUUUUUACGAUAUGAUACGUAAUUCGUUGCAAUGGUGUGCUGUCUCUGGAAAAAUAGUCCAGUAAGGUAACAUUGUGAGCUUAAAUGACUUUGAGGUGGACAAUAGCUUCUGCUACGUCAUGCCUAACUUGUGAAUAAUUCAGCAAGAAGCAGGUGGAGGCUACAAAAGCAAAGGAAGUGUUCUUGAACUGGGGAAGAAGAACAAGUGGUUGGAGGAUGGAGGAGGCGGCGGUGAAGAAACGGCCGUUAAUCUCUGCUAAAGAGAGAGGACCUGGCCCAGGAUGCUACGCUCUGCCUCCGACUGUGGGUUACAUUAAGCACGACGUCACCAAGCCCACUAGUCCCGCAUACUCCUUCCGCACCCGUAUGAGCAGCACUAUGAUCUCCGUGGACUCCAGCCCAGGACCGAGAUACCACGUCGGCGCUAAUGUGACGCGCUUUGGCCGAAUGAACACGCCCUCUUAUUCCAUGCUGGGCCGAGGGAAGCGCAUUGUUAGCAAAGGUGACAAGUUCCAGACUCCUGGACCGGGGGCCUACAGUCCAGAGAAGGCUCCUCCUCUCAACGCUCAGCAUCGAUCACCAGCCUACACCAUUGGAACCCGCACCCGUUACCGCUCCGUGGAUGCAGUACCAGCACCAAACAGCUAUGUGCUUCCCAAGCUGCUGGGCAAUCAGGUCCCCAACAAGCCAUCCGGAGUCAGCUACAGUAUGUCAGCCCGCCGAAUGCCAGGCGGCCCCUCGGAGGACUUGGCCCAGAGCCCCGGCCCUGGCAGGUACAACAGCACCGACCCGGACGUUUAUCUGCAAAGGCAGCCCUCCUUCUCCAUGCAGAGCCGGACCAAAAGGCUCACCUACCCCUCGACCACCCCGGGCCCAGGUACUUAUCGCCCAGAGGGGUCUGGGGCCCACCUCCGCAGGGCACCGUCCUUCACCAUGGGAGUCCGCCAUUCAGAGUUUGUCACGCCGCUUGUGUUGGACUUUGUACACUGACUCAUCAUUGCAUGCAAUUAAUCAUUCUCAAUGUGUGGACCCCUCCAGUAGUACAUUAAAAAUGACUGAAAUAAAUCUAUAAACUGUGAA